UCAGUUUCAGACAACUCAAGGACAAAUAGGUAGCUUUUCCUUCCGACUCGCCUUAACUCGCUCAUUUUUCAACUUUUUUUUUUGUUUUACGGUUAGAAUGGGUAACUGUAACCGUCCUCCCAUCGUCAGUAACCGGUUCCGAGCAGAACCCGACCCAGGCGGUACGCAUCAUAAUGACGACAACGUUAAACCUGUUCCCGGCUAUUCACCGCCUCCCAAAACCCAUUACUACCAUUCUUCAACCAUUGCCUCCAAAAACCGCCUCGCCACCCCCAACACUCCACCCAUCGGUCGUGUGUUCGGCCGUCCCAUGGAGGACGUCCGGUCAACUUACGUCGUCGGCCGUGAACUCGGCCGUGGUCAGUUUGGCGUUACCUACUUGGUAACUCAUAAGGAAACAAAACAGCAUUUCGCUUGUAAAUCUAUCUCCAGGCGUAAGCUUCUCACCCGUGAUGAUAUCGAAGACGUCCGCCGUGAAGUUCAGAUCAUGUAUCAUCUCACCGGCCACAGGAAUAUUGUUGAGCUAGAAACAGCUUGCGAGGAUCGGCGCUCGGUGAAUCUGAUUAUGGAACUGUGUGCUGGAGGGGAGUUGCUUGAUCGGAUUUUAGCCAAAGGUCAUUAUUCAGAAAAGGAAGCGGCUAAUUUGUGUAGGCAAAUCGUGACGGUGGUUCAUAAUUGUCAUUCAAUGGGGGUAAUGCACAGGGACUUGAAGCCUGAAAAUUUCUUGUUCUUGAGUAAAGACGAGGAUUCUCCAUUGAAAGCUACGGAUUUUGGGCUCUCUACAUUUUUUAAGCCAGGAGAGGUUUUUAAGGAUUUUGUUGGAACUGCUUUUUAUAUGGCUCCGGAAGUAUUGCACUGGCGAUAUGGACCUGAAGCCGAUAUUUGGAGUGCUGGGGUGAUUCUUUACGUUCUCCUUAGUGGGUCUCCACCAUUCUAUGGAGAAACUGAAAAGAGUAUCUUCAAGUCUAUUCUUCAGGGAAAUAUCAAUUUCUUAUCAGAUCCAUGGCCUUCUGUUUCCGACAGUGCCAAAGAUCUCUUGUCGAAGAUGCUACGACAAGAUCCCAAGGAACGGCUUUCAGCAUCUGAAGUCUUGAAUCAUCUGUGGAUGCGGGAAGAUGGUGAUGCAUCUGAUAAGCCUCUCGAUGUUGCUGUUUUAACUAGAAUGAAGCAAUUCAGGGCAAUGAACAAAUUCAAAAAAGUUGCUCUAAAGGUAAUUGCGGAAAAUCUAUCGGAAGAAGAAAUCGUAGGUUUGAAGGAGAUGUUCAAAUUGAUGGACACUGAUAACAGUCGAACAAUCACCUACGAUGAGUUAAAAGCUGGCCUUUGUAAACUCGGUACUAAUGUUUCCGAGUCUGAAGUGAGGCUGCUAAUGGAAGCGACCGACAUUGACGGAAAUGGAACGAUUGAUUACGUGGAGUUUAUAACAGCUACCAUGCACAUGAAUCGAAUGGAAAAGGAAAAACGUUUAUACACUGCCUUCCAACACUUCGACAAGGACAACAGCGGGUACAUAACAAUGGAAGAGCUCAAACAGGCCCUUCAAAAGUAUAACACGAGAGAUGAAAAAACAAUAAACGAGAUCCUUGCUGAAGUUGACAUUGAUAAGGAUGGAAGAAUUAACUACGAUGAGUUCGUUGCCAUGAUGAGAAAAGGCAAUCCGGAGUUGGUUGGAAACCGGCUACACACUUAACCUGCAGUGCCAUAAAUUCAUGUCUCGACCAGUUUGGUUUUGUUAUGACCAAAAUCACACCUUCAUUGCCUGAUCUUGGUUUCCGAUCCGAGACCCUGAGCUCGUGUUCGGAAAUCAUGUUCGUGGUUGGUCUAUUUCUGCCCUUUGACAUAUAUAUGGGCCAAGUUUUGCCGUCAAACUGCGGAAGAGUAUUGACUAAUAUGAACUUUUAACUUAAUAGAGGGAGUUUCAUGAUUUUUAGUUUUUGCUUGUUUGGACAUUGUGCUAUUGUUAAAAUAUGAUUUUCAAUUCCGGGUUGAAUGUAAAUUAAAUCUUUUAUAUUUAAAUAUGGAUUUGGCUCAGGGAAUUUUGUUAAGAAAUCCUUUAUAUUAAUUUAAAAUUCUAAAAUAUAAAUUUAUUAUUUGUUAA